AAGGCUUCUAAAAUGUAGAAUGAGUGCCUGAGCGGUGCAGACCGAGUGAAAACAAAAGGAAAAAGGGGAUUUCUGAGCGCCAGCUGACACGUCUCAAUGGUUGGAUUGUAAUGCAUUAGGAGCUGUGGCAGGGAUGAGGAUCCGGCUGCAGUGUCCCGGCCACGCUGCCAGCCUUCUCUCCGAGCUUAACCGUUGCCGCCAAUCACGUCAGUACUGUGAUGUGUUCCUGCAAGUUGGCAACCGGACAUUCGCAGCCCACCGUGCAGUGCUGGCCUGCGCCGGGACGUACUUUCGCAACUUGUUCACCAGAACUCCCACCGCGUCCAGCACCGCCUUCUCUUUGGAGUUUAUCUCCCCAGCUAACUUUGAGAAAGUGCUGACAUUUGUCUACACCGGGGAGAUAGUGACUGAUCUCAUAGAUGUCGGGGUCCUGUACGAGCUGGCCGAGCGGCUCGGGGUCAGUGAACUGGUGAAGGCUUGUCAUGCUACCUUCCCUGACCUGCAGGCUUCUGUGUCUGCAAACUGCAAUGCCAGCAGUCCCGGUGAUGUCACCCUGGACUUCAGCAUGGUGGCCGCUCCACCCACAGUGGUUGCAGUUAGUGCAGCUUCUGUGCCGUCUGUGUGCUCCUCCGCCGCCUCCUGCUCCUCUCUGUCUUCAUCGGCUGGCCCGUCUGCUGCCCCGACUCCUGCUGCUGCUCCCUCCCCUCUUUUCCAAAUCAGGACGGGCAGGUCAGGCCGCGAAGUUCAGGCCGGGCCUCUGUCCCUGGACCUAAAGGCAGAAGAUGUCCAGUCUCAUAUCGGCUACGGGCAGAUGGGAGCAGAUCAUCAGUUACCAGGAGGACCGCCUUUAACCAGCAGCAGCAGCCUUUCCCUUCAGGCUGACAGCUUGCAGCCUGUGGGGCCUGUGCUCCAGCUGAAGACCGAGCACGGGCUGAACGAUGGGGAGGCGGGAGGCUGCUGUGAGGACGGUGACACAGAUGGUCAAAUGGUUUCUGAGAGUGCGGGCGACUCUUUGUCUCGGAGCAGCAACCCUGUUACGUCUGAGUCUUGCUCCCUCCCUGACUCUUCAGCUCAGCUCGGCGCUGAAGCCUGCGCCCCGACAUCAUCUUCAGGAGAGUCUCCAGGCAGCCUUCAGGUGGCAGCGGUGGAAGGUGGCGUGGUCGACGUGCAGCGGGACAGCAGGCUGAUGUUUGGGGAAGUGGAGGAAGGAGACACUGAGGAGGAGAGGGAGGCUCUGCAAGGUAAUGGAGCAGUGGAGGGAACAGAGGAAGAGCAGUGGAGACAGUUGGCAGGAGAGAUCAUCGAGCUGAGCGAUGAUGAGAACUUCAUGGAGGAGGGAGAGGAGGAGGACGAGGAUGAAGAUGACCUUGUGUGUGUGGAGAAUGGAGAUGGAGGGAAUGCGAGUAGCCAGGUGACAGGAAGCACGGUGACAUGUAAAGCUUGCACAGUGGCACUCCCAGCAGAUCCAGCUGCCAUCAGAAGACACGGUGAGACGCACCUGACGGAGCUGGGGCUCUGCAGGGUGUGCGGAGCCUCUUUUCCAGAUCGUGCUGCGGGCAUCGCCCACUCCUUCACCCAUGUGGGAGUGCAGCUCUUCACCUGUGACAUGUGCCACCUGCAGUUCUGCAGCCAAAAGAAACUGCUGCGGCACCACCGCCAGACAGCAUCCAGUUACACCAUCCCGCAGGGGGCGCUUACCAACAGCAGCCACAGCCAAGAGCUGCAGUGUGCUGUAUGCACCAAAUCCCUCAGCAAGGACUUCCAGACUCUCAAAGACCACCUGCUGAUCCAUGUGUGCCCCCAGAGCCUGAGCUGUGGCGUGUGUCACCUCCCCCAGCUGUCCCUGUGCUCCCUACUGUGGCACGCCCUCGCCCACCUCUCCCUGCCCGUCUUCACCUGCCCGCACUGCGCCCGCUGCUUUGUAGAGCGCGCCCUGCUGGACAGACACAUGGCUGUGCACGCUGAGGAGGCGGCAGCUAAGGAGAGAGAGCAGUUGGCGCUGAGGGCUUACGGAGUCAAAGCAGAUGGAGGUGGCAGUGGAGGAGGAGCGGAGGAGCUGCAUUGCUUCCUGUGCCCGCAGACGUUUCGCUCGUCCUCGGCGUUUCAGUACCACCUCAGUCUGCACACCAGCGACUCCACGGGGAGCGGAGGAACCGCUGGCGGCCAGGGGUGGUUAGGGAAACGUAAAGCGGAUCAGUCUCUGGAGUGCCCGCCGUCUUCCUGCUCCUCCUCCUCGUCACGGGACGUCAGCGGGCUCGUUAAAAUGAGCAACUUCGGUUUGGGUUUGGGAAUGGGCAUCAGCAUGUCGGACAAGUUUUUUCAAGGGCCGAUGCACGGCUUAUCCUCUGGAGUCCUGACGAACGGAAGCUCCAGUCAGGACAGCGUUGUCGGACCUGCAGGGGUGCGUGGGAAGUGGUACCGGUGUCGCUACUGUGGUAAACGUUUCGCUCACUCGGGGGAGUUCACCUACCACCUCCGUAUCCACACCGGGGAGAAACCCUACCAGUGUAAAGUGUGUCUGCGCUUCUUCAGGGGGCGCUCCACCAUGAUCUGCCACCUGAAGACACACGCCGGCGCCCUGAUGUACCGCUGCACCGUCUGCGGCCUUUACUUCUCCACGCUGAAGCUGGUGUCGUCACACAUGGAGCUCCACAAGGACCACUUACCGCUGGACUUCAACAUCGAGCAGACCUUCAUGUACAAUGAUCACUCUAAAGAACCGCUGCCCACUGUGGACACCUGAUCAGCUCCUCGUUUCCUCUCUGACGCCUCCUCUGUGUCUGGUUGUCGUGGACCACAAGCUGCUGAUAGUAGACUAGAGCUUUAGCUAACCGAUGCACCAACAUAUUGGCCUAUCAACAGAUAGGACAUUUACUGAUGACUCAUGCACAUCUGUCAUGUUACAUCAAUUUAAUGCCGGCUAACUGUUUAAAAAAAAAGUCCGAAGUGCUAGAAGUUUCCAUUCUUGUUUUUAUUAGGAUUUUUUUCGUUUCCUGGCACAAGAUAAAUAACAAAACAUCACCACGGUAUCCAGCUUUGGCUGAAAUAUUAUUAUAAACACUGGUAUUAGCCCAGUGCAGUGAUUUUCUAAUGUUUUUAGUUAAUCACAUAGUCUCUAAAUUAUUGUAAAAGAUCUCAGUAUUGCUUAUUUUGUCCAGCUAACUUUCUCAAACGCACAAAUGGAACCAGAACUACAUAAGAACAAAAUCUGAAAACUCUAAAACUAGCCAUUACUAUGGAUUAAAGAUGGAUGAUUCUCCCACUAAAGACCAUUUGCACUGGUCAGAUUCUUGACUGAGUCUGUUUAAAAAAAAAAAAAAAAAAAAAAGCAUCAUCAAAAUGAGUGUGUUGUCUUAAUAUGUGAUUGUAAUUACAGUGUAAUUACACUGCAAUUACCUCAUUGUAGCAAAUUAGACAAACACAAAAUAUUUUCAUAAAUGUAUUAUUUUCUUUCCACAGUGUUUUAAAGCAUUGAUUCCCAAACAGAGAGCCGUACGAGUCACACUGAGGGGCACUUAGCAGGUUUUUGAGGGGCUCUGGGGUUUCAUGUAAUAAUGACAUCGCGAUUUGAGCGGUGUCUUCUUUGUGUAAGUCCAAAUUUUACUUUAAUGAAUUUAGAAAAAAAAUUAGAAAUUACAAAUCGAUAAUAGAAAAACUGUCUGCACUAACACAACAACAACUAGUUAAUUAAAAACUGUUCACUUAAGAUGUAUUUAUGUAGCAGUAAGUGCCUUUUAUUGUAAGGUAAAGACUUUUAAAAUCUUAGUUAAAAUAGCUGAACAUAGUGCAUGAAAAGGCUAAAAUAUGGUUGUAUUAAAUUAAUAAAUUAUUAGUAUAUACAACUAAGAUUAUUUGAGGACGUCCUCACUAACUGACUGAUAACUGUAUAAAAUGAAUUUUUAACACUAUUUAAACUUGACUAAAACCAAAUGAACAGUUUUUGGAAUAUUAUGGGUGUGUAUGUAAGUUAGCACCCAGUACAGGUGUCCAGUCAGCACAUAAAUGAGUCUCCCCAACAACUUUAACAGAGAAGGAUGCUACUUUGUUAAUUAAAAGUCUAGGGAGAUGAUUCUUCCAGCUGUUUUACUCCCAAAGUCUUCCCGGCUACCUCACCCCCACUGGCCAACUCCAUCCCCCCUUUCUCAUUUCUUAGUUUCUACAUCCUUGCAUCCUCUCCUUCCGUCUGGUCCCUUCCACCAGAGAUCCAAGCAGAGGAGAGAGGAGUCAAGGCAACAAGGAUAAA